GUCUCACAGUUUGGUUUGUGGAUACAGCCCAUCUGGGCACACUGACUCAGAGGUCCUGGCUGCGCUGGUGGUUAGCCGCACCAGUCCUUCUCACCUGCUGCUACGCUCAGAUUCACACUUCCAGAGGAAGCAUCAGAUCAAACAGUCAAUCGGAGCUGGGUCUGUAGAGUUUUUUUCUGAAGUUUUGGUCAUGGCGGACCAGGAGGAGACGUUUGCAGUUCAGAAUUCUCCGGUUGGUUCGGAUUCAAGGGAAUUACAAAGCGACAAUAAACCAGAGAAACAGAACGGAACAUCGAGCAAAUCCCCAUCUUCGCAGACAACAUACAUCCAGCAGGGAAUGGAAGGCAUAAAAGUUUACCUACACGAAAGGGAACUAUGGAUGAAGUUUCACGAAGUGGGCACAGAGAUGAUCAUAACCAAAGCCGGACGGAGAAUGUUCCCCAGCUUCAAAGUGAAAGUGACCGGAUUAAACCCCAAAACGAAGUAUAUUCUCCUAAUGGACGUAGUUCCAGCGGAUGAUCAUCGAUACAAAUUUGCCGACAAUAAAUGGUCUGUGACCGGGAAGGCAGAGCCCGCUAUGCCAGGGAGGCUCUACGUCCAUCCGGACUCCCCAGCCACAGGAGCGCACUGGAUGAGGCAGCUGGUGUCCUUCCAGAAGCUGAAGCUCACCAACAACCACUUGGACCCGUUCGGACACAUUAUCCUGAAUUCGAUGCAUAAAUACCAGCCCAGGAUUCAUAUUGUGAAAGCAGAUGAAAAUAACGGCUUUGGCUCCAAAAACACGGCUUUCUGUACUCACGUUUUCCCUGAGACAGCCUUCAUCGCGGUGACAUCCUACCAGAACCACAAGAUCACACAGCUCAAGAUUGAAAACAACCCAUUUGCAAAGGGCUUCCGUGGAAGUGAUGACAUGGAGUUACACCGGAUGUCCAGAAUGCAAAGCACCAAAGAGUACCCAGUAGUUCCUCGCAGCACAGUGCGACAGAGAGUUGGCUCCAGCCACAGUCCAUUCAGCGGAGACGUCCAGAGCAUGGCUACAACUGGCACCCUUAGCUCUGCAUACUCCCAGUGUGAAAAUGGGGUCACUAGCACCUCCCAGGACAUGCUGCCCCAGUCUGGCUCCUACCCACUUCCACAUGAGCACGGUCAGGAGUACUGCAUCAAGAGAAAAGUGGAUGAUGACUGUCACUCAGGCGAGCACAGCUACAAAAAGCCCUACCUGGAGAGUUCUUCCAGUGAGGACGACCACUACUAUCGGCCUGUUGGCUACCCUCAGAGCCUCAGUCUCACCGCUGGGCCCUACCGCAGCGAGUCCAGCCAGCGGCAGGCCUGUAUGUAUGCCAGCUCUUCGCAAGGCGCCGAACCUGUCCCCAGUUUGGAAGACAUCAGCUGCAACACGUGGGCCAGCGUCUCUCCUUACGGCAGUUGUUCCGUCACCACAAUGCAGCCGAUGGAGAGGCUACCCUAUCAACAUUUUUCCGCUCACUUCACCUCAGGGUCUCUGGUGUCCAGACUAGGAGGAGUGGGGGGCCAUGCUUCUCCACAGCUGGGGGAGGGCCAUCACGCUGCUAUGUACCAGAGCUCCAUGACCCACCAGACUCUGGCCCGCCAAUGCAGUCCCGGAGCUGGCAUCCAGUCACCGACAGCUGGUUUACAGGGAAACGAGUACCUCUAUACGCAUGGCAUACCACGCACACUAUCGCCACACCAGUACCACUCUGUACAUAGUGUCAGCAUCAUGCCAGAGUGGAGUGAGAACAGCUAAGAAUCAAACAAUUGCAUGAAUUGAAGAAGAAAGAAAAGGACCAAAAAAAGAAAAAAACUGUGUCGGUUAUAUUUAUAUUUCCAAGGACAUGUUGCUGUUAAUCUUAAUAAGAACCAGAUUUCUUUAUUGAGAAAACUUGACAUUCUUUAGGUGGUUUACCAGGAGAGGUGGAACCUGAUCAUUUAGGAACUUGUCACAGGAUCUGCACUUAUAAAAAAGCAACAAGAACACAAAUGGACAUCGGGCUGAAGCAGGACCCUCAUGAAGCCUGCUCUGGUGCAGAGACACUAGAGCUGACAUUGAACAGAACAGGAAUGCUUCAGAUAGUUGGAAAGGAGAUCCCAGGGUAAAUGUGUUUUUCUGCAGCAUUCUGUAUAGGAAGCCAGUAAACAGCAUUUAUAUUUCCUGAAUGUUUAUCCUCUGUCACAUUUGCUCAGGUUCUCAGUUUCUUUGACAAUUUUGUCGCAAAAUUAAAUUGUAAAAAAAAUGCUGAAUUAGAAAAACAAAAAACAAAGCCUUAAGUUGGUUUUGUUGUGGCUCUUUAAAUUUUGAAAGUGGAUGUACACACAUUUAGAUGAAAUACCUCAGAACAAUUUUAUUAUGUUUAGAGAAGAAACAGCUUGUAAGGAUGUUGAUACCUCUUAAACAUUUUCACAUUUAAUCAUGUGACUUCAUAUAUUUUUGGGAAUCUGAUUAAAUAAACCAACAAAGUUUAGAGCAUAACUGGGGAAGUGGAGUGAAAAUGACACAUGGUUCUCAAAUUUCUUUUCAUGUACAAAUCUAAAGGGUGGGAUAUUUGCCUCGAUUCAGCCUCUCUGGGUUUUCUAUGCAAAUACAGCUCCAACUGUAUGUGAUAUAACUGUACUAGCUUUACUAAACUAGAGAUUGAAUUUGUUUACUUAAAUCCUAAUCAGAUUAGAAAACUUAAUUUUAAAAUCUGUUGCAGAUGCUCAGUCUUAUUUAUGUUUUGACACCAUCUACAUUUUUCUAAAAUGUCUGUAUGCUUUAAUUUAAGAAAUUAAAUCAAGCUCUGGGUGCUGGAAGUUUAGCUCCAUCCCACUCUCAUGUUUCUCAUGGCCUAUGUAGUAAUUUCUAGCCAAAACCUUCAAGUGUAAAUCACCAGAAGGUCUUUUUUUUUUCUUGAGUUGAUUUCAGCAUUUUUCAUCUUUACCUGUUCAGCAAUAAAGUAAACAUACACAAUUUAAACAAAAGCAA